AUGACGGCUGCUGCUGUUGAUGGUGUUGGUGUUGGCAAUGAAGACGAUGAUGGGGAGGUGAUUGUGCUCAUGGACGAGGAUGAUGAUGAUGAUGAUGAUGAGGGGGAGGAGGGGGAGGAAGAGGGUGAUGAGGAGGAGGAGGAGGAGGGUGAGGAAGAUGCAGACCAAGGUGGAGAUCCUCCUGUCCAAGAAGGACAACAGCAGGCAGGGCGGCAGCGGCAGGGAAUGCACGUGGGACGACAGCGGGCACCACGUGACGGUACUGUAACAAAACGACCGAAGCUGCUCUCGCUUCGCAGCGAACGGACGUCAAGUGCAAGUGUGAGACGCACCAAUGAGGACACAAACACGUUGCAUGCAGAUGCAUCAGCCAGCACAAGGAAAGGCGAAGGUAAAGUUCGUUCAAGCAAGGAAGGCAAAAGUGGCGGCGGUGCGCUGUCACCUUCACUGAAGCAGACACUGAGGAAGCUGCUGCCCUCAGCAAACAAGACUGGAACACCAUCAACACCACCACCACCACCAUCAGCAACAGCAACAGUAGCAUCAACAAAAACAGUAACAUCAACAAAAACAACACCACCCCGUUCCCGUCAUCGAUUCAGUCAGCAACGAAGAGCGUCAGCAUCCCGAACCACAUCGUCGUCGAGCACAUCGUCUUCCGCCAGUUCAUCGGCUGCCCCGCGGCGGAAAGCGAGCGCAACGUCCCCAGUCGCACUACCAAAGAAGACAACGGCCGUGAAAGCAAAGGUGUCUGUGAUGCACUUGCUGCAAAAGUCUUCAAGCCACACAGUGCGCAUGGUGACAUGUCCGUGUUGCGAGCAACAGCUCUCGGAAACGGUCAUCAACACGCACCUGGACCAGUGCCUACCACAACGCAGCAAGAGUGCGCCCAGCAAAGCUGUUGUCCAGCACCACACCGCCUCCAUAUCGUGGGUCAACCUGACACUGGAGAACCGACACUUCUCGAGCAACAAGCCGAACAACAACGGCAACAAAGACAACGGCGACAAUGAAGGUUGCGCUUCAGACCACAACGAUGUUGUCAACGACAGCACGGCUGAGCAGCGCGAAAGAAAGCAGUCAGCGCAGUCCAAGCGGCGGCAGUCUGGCAUUGCGCUCUUUGAUGCUGACAGCGACAGCAGCACUGAUGACGAUGAUGAUGACUGUUGUGCUGAUGAUGAUGAUGGUGGUGAUGAUGAUGGUGAUGAUGAUGAUGAUGAUGGUUUUGGUAGUGGUGGUGGUCAUCACGCUUGUACUGACGAUGGUCAAGGACCGCGUGCCAGUGGAGUGACACGUCAGCACGUGACAUCGGCACGCGCGGCGUCUGCCUCGAUAUCCAUGGACACUGAAGCACCUGCAGCGGAGAGUGAAGAUGCAAAGCACCAGCGAUGUUUCACCUGCGGUGCCUUGGAUCACUGGAGCCGCGAGUGUCCACAGGGGCCGUACUACUUGCGUCACUUCAAGCUAAUGGUGGACGAGGUGUCCAGUGCGACGCAUAACAGGCACCUGCUGUGCCCGCACGACGUUGCUGUGCUUCGAUGCCUCAACGCGCUGCCAAUGCCAGCACAGAAGCUGUUUGUGCGUCUGUACAAUCGCCGACAUGCCUGGCUCCGCGUGGAUCGCCUCUCAUAUCCAGAGAUUGCGGAAGACUUGAAUCCUGUUGUGUCGGAUCUUGUAGAGUGUGGUCUUGCGCACACGCCGGCAGCCGUCACGAGCUUGUCUGAUGCCCUACAUGCGCUCUCUCCCCCAAGCCUGCGAACGCUGCAGCGUCAGUUUCGUGUUCGCUCCUCCAGCACAACGCGCGAAGAUCUCGUGCGAGCGCUCACGGUGGCGGCCCAGCAGCAGCGCACGCUUCUGUCGAAGGAUAGCAGCACGCGCAUGCGCAAGGCGGCGGUGGCGUUGAUGGGAAAUUGCGUCCGGUUAAAUGCGGACGUGCGCGCGCUCUUCACGCGGCUUGAAGUCCUCUUCUUCAUGAAAACCGGACUGCGGGAGAAUACGCUGGCGACCGUGUACCUUGCUGAGAAAGGUGCGCUCACAUACCCCUCGUACCGCGUGCGCGCGAGUGCAACGCCCGUGUUCUCAUCGCGUCGGCAGUUGUUGGAGUACACGCGUGCCCUCGUCACGGAACAGCGGCUGGAGGACGCCAUUAUGAGCGGUCGCAUGGACGACGUUGAAGCAGAUCUCAAACACGCGUAUGCAAUAUGGAGGCAGCUUGUGCAGAACGCACAAGAGCAGGCGCUACGCGAGAAGGAGAAGCAGUUUCGCCUUCAGUUCACACCCGCUUGGGUGUACACGCGCAUUGUUUGCUACUACGUAGAGCUUUUGGAGCGGAACCAUGACUACGAACCCGCAGUUGUGGUGCUGCAUGAGCUGCUUGAGCAGAAACUGUUUUGUCUGGACCGCCGUGGCCGCUGGUUCGAUCGCAUCGCCCUCCACUACAGCGAGCACGUGCGGGAUGCGGCUGAAUCGCUCCGUCUCUGCGACGAAGGCGUUCGUGACCAUCACAUCCGGACCGGCCACAAGCUGUCGCUGCUUCGCCGCGCUGCCCGCCUGUGCCGCUCGUCAAAGCAUCCGCACCUCCACCGCCACGCAGAGACACAUCCACCAGCACAGCUGCACGCGGGUCAGCGGCUGGUGCUGUACGGCCGUGCCAUGUCUGAUCGUGAGCCAGGCAGGAAGAUGACGUUCAUCCACAACGACACCCUCUGCUCGGUUGAGGACUUUGUCUUGCUCAAGUUUGCCGAGCGCAACUGGAAGGGCAUUCACUGUGAGGGCCAAUUCUUUCGGACCGUAUUUGCGCUCUUGAUGUGGGACGUCAUGUUUGCGGACGUUCCACACGCAUUUCAAACGCGAUAUCAGGUGGCGCCAGCAGACUUUCACACAGACACAUUCUACGCAGCGCGAUAUGAGCUGAUCAAGAAGCGCCUGGGUGACAUUUACGAUGGUGAUCUGCAUUCCAUGAUUAUGCAGGCGUGGGAUGAGCACCAUGGUGUGAUGGCAGCUGGCCUGAGCUGGAACAUGCUUUCAAGAGAUGAAUUGGCAGAGGCAACAGCCGCCAUUGGCAACAAAGUCAUUGCUGGUGUGUGUGACAUUCUCGCCCAGGACUAUCGCCACAGAUCAGGCGGGCUGCCGGAUUUGCUGCUGUGGAAGCAGCAACCAACAGGAGAGCGACUGGCCACGUUUGUUGAAGUGAAGAGCCCAAACGACACAUUGGCAGAGAAGCAGAAGAUCUGGAUCCAUGUGCUGGUGACGCUGGGAGCAAAUGUGGCGCUGUGCGAAGUGCGAGAUUACGCAGGGCGAGCAGAGCUGUUGAAGCGACCAGUCUCGCCACUUCAGGCGUAG